AAUGUUUGACAUAAAAAAACCAGUGACUCAUACAUUAAUUUGUAUAAAUAGUUACAGGUUGAGCACUAUACACUCCACCAAAGGUGGAAGAAUGUUUCAAUCUAUACAAUUGCUAAAAUGCUAUUGUGAUGGUAGCAGCUGUAUAUCAGAUGAAGCUGCAGAUAUCUUAAAAUCCUAUAGCAAUGAAAAAUGUCUUCCAAUUGGAGCUAUGGGUCUUUUUAGAAAAGGCUAUUAUAGGAACAGAGCACCACAGAAGAAUGCAACAUAUGGAAAAUUUGAUACAAAAUUAAAAGAUUCAUUAAUGACAGAGAGUGAAAGUAUUUCUCAACUUUCAAAAUUAUUUGGAGAAUGUGAAUUUUCUCCUUUCCCUCAUCCAGCUGCUUACAUAAAAGAAAAUGAUGAUAAAUUCAUUUAUGAAGAUAUUGGAUUAGAAUUUAUUAUGGCCAAAGACAAUCUAAUGAAAGAGCUGGAUAUGCUUUUCAAUAGUUAUGCUAAUGACGCAAUAUCUGGGUGGGAUAUCUCUAAAAAUAUCAUCCAUUGUUACAAUUCUCUAAUGGUGAAUGAUUUUAAUAUAAAUGAAAAAUCAAAAGACUAA